CCGGGGCGCCCUCCCUCCGCCUCUUCCUCCGCCGGCCGGGCCGGGCCGGGGCGGAGCGGGCGGCGGCGGCAUGGCGGGCCGGCGGGCCGGGGCCGGGGCGCUGCUGGCGCUGCUGGCGCUGCUGGCGCUGCGGGCGCUCGGGGCGGCGGCGCACCCGCAGUGCCUGGACUUCAGGCCGCCCUUCCGGCCGCCGGAGCCGCUGCGCUUCUGCACGCAGUACUCGGCCUUCGGCUGCUGCGCCCCCGAGCACGACGCGGCGCUGGCCCGCCGCUUCGGGGCCCUGGCGGCACGCGUGGACGCCGCCGAGUGGGCCGCGUGUGCCGGCUACGCGCUCGACCUGCUGUGCCAGGAGUGCUCGCCCUACGCCGCCCACCUCUAUGACGCCGAGGACCCGUCCACACCUCUGCGGACGGUGCCCGGGCUCUGCGAGGACUACUGCCUGGACGUGUGGCAGACCUGCCGGGGCCUCUUCCGCCACCUCUCGCCGGACCGCGAGCUCUGGGCGCUGGAGGGCAACCGCGCCAAGUUCUGCCGCUACCUGUCCCUGGACGAUGUGGACUACUGCUUCCCGCGCUUGCUGGUCAACGAGAACCUCAACUCGAACCUGGGCCGCGUGCUGGCCGACGCCAAGGGCUGCCUGCAGCUGUGCCUGGAGGAGGUGGCCAACGGGCUGCGCAACCCCGUGGCCAUGGUCCACGCCCGCGACGGCACCCACCGCUUCUUCGUAGCAGAGCAGCUGGGGCUGGUGUGGGCCUACCUGCCCGACCGCUCGCGGCUCGAGAAGCCCUUCCUGAACAUCAGCCGGGCCGUGCUCACCUCGCCCUGGGAGGGCGACGAGCGGGGCUUCCUGGGCAUCGCCUUCCACCCCAGCUUCCGGCACAAUGGCAAGCUCUAUGUCUACUACUCGGUGGGGGUCGACUUUGACGAGUGGAUCCGCAUCAGCGAGUUCAGGGUCUCCGAGGACGACAUGAACACCGUGGACCACCAGUCUGAGAGGAUAAUCCUGGAGAUUGAAGAACCAGCCUCGAACCACAAUGGGGGCCAGCUCCUCUUUGGGGACGAUGGGUACCUCUAUAUCUUCACUGGAGAUGGCGGGAUGGCCGGAGACCCCUUCGGAAAGUUUGGAAAUGCCCAAAACAAGUCGGCGCUGCUGGGCAAGGUGCUGCGCAUCGACGUGGACCGCAACGAGCGCGGCCCGCUCUACCGCAUCCCGUCCGACAACCCGUUCGUGGGCGAGCCCGCCGCGCGGCCCGAGGUCUACGCCCUGGGCGUGCGCAACAUGUGGCGCUGCUCCUUCGACCGCGGCGACCCGGCGUCGGGCGCGGGCCGCGGGCGCCUCUUCUGCGGCGACGUGGGCCAGAACAAGUUCGAGGAGGUGGACCUGGUGGAGCGCGGCCGCAACUACGGCUGGCGCGCCCGCGAGGGCUUCGAGUGCUACGACCGCAAGCUGUGCGCCAACGUCUCCCUGGACGACGUGCUGCCGAUUUUCGCCUACCCGCACAAACUGGGCAAGUCUGUCACGGGGGGCUAUGUGUACCGGGGCUGCGAGUACCCCAACCUGAACGGCCUCUACAUUUUCGGCGAUUUCAUGAGCGGGCGUCUGAUGUCCCUCCGAGAGAACCCAGAGACAGGCCAGUGGCGGUACAGCGAGAUCUGCAUGGGCCGUGGCCAGACCUGCGAGUUCCCGGGCCUCAUCAACAACUACUAUCCGUACAUCAUCUCCUUCGCGGAGGACGAGGCUGGGGAGCUGUACUUCAUGUCAACGGGCGUGCCGAGUGCCACCGUGGCCCGUGGGGUGGUCUACAAAGUGAUCGACCCCUCCAGACGGGCACCACCUGGCAAGUGUCGGAUCCACCCUGCCCAGGUGAAGGUGAGGAGCCGGCUCGUCCGCUUUGUGCCCAAAGAAAAGUUCAUCCGAAGGACGGAGAGCACCCCGCGGCCCACAGCGCGGGCUCCUACCAACGCUCCCCGCCGCAGCCGCCCCACAGCCGCUCCUCCCGCGCCCACCCCGCGGCCGGCACGGCCCACCCGGCGGCCUGGGGGCCGGAGAGGCGGCGGGCGGCGGCGGGGGCGGCCGGGUACGGCGGACCCCGCGCCCUCGAACGGCGCCGUGCGCCUGGUGCGGCCCGCGGGGCUGAGCCCGGGCCGCGGGCGCGUGGAGGUGUUCGCGGGCGGACGCUGGGGCACCGUGUGCGACGACGCGUGGGACAGCAAGGCCGCCGCCGUCGUGUGUCGCCAGCUGGGCUUUGCGCACGUCGUGCGGGCCACCAAGCGCGCCGAGUUCGGCGAGGGCCGGGCGCUGCCCAUCCUGCUGGACGACGUGCGCUGCGAGGGCGGCGAGCGCAACCUGCUGGAGUGCACGCACGCCGGCGUGGGCACGCACAACUGCGACCACCAGGAGGACGCGGGCGUCGUGUGCAGCCGCGAGGACCCCAACCUGUAGCCGAGCGUCCUCCCUCCCGCCGGAGCCUGCCGGGGCCCUCCGCCCUCUGCGCGCCUGGCGCGUGCACGAGAGUCCGAAGGUGGAGGAAGCCGUGGGGUGUGGCGGCGGAGGUGGCCUGUCCGCAACGCUGUCCUGUGGCCCCCAGUGAGGUGUGUGCAGUGCAUGUGUGUCCUCUGCAGGCGGGAAGCCACAGCUCGUGUUUGGGUCCGAGUGGUCCCUGUGGGUGUGUGGUGGUGGCCCAAGGUGUGCACUUCUUACCUUGAGCAUCCCGCCCAGCAGCAGGAACACAGUCUGGUGGUGGAACCCUGAGCACUGAGGGCAGCCACCCUUCAAGGGCAAAUGUGGCCCCUGGAUGCAUUAACAGAGGCACAGCAGGCAGACUGAGGCAGGGGACCAGGCCUGCCCUGCCCACGACUGGAGUGAAGGCCCCAGAGCAGCUAAGAAAUGCAUGGCCUGAGCGUG